AUGCCGUCCGCAAGGUCCUCUGCUGCAGCUCUCCGCGUGUGGAACAACAGAGGCCCGUCCAUCGCCAACGCUUCCUUAUACUGUCCAUCCUCUGCUUAUCGCCCCUCCCUUGUCGUCGGCGCUGCCUUCUUGUCGGUCGCCCGUCUUCCUUAUUCCACUCUCGCACGAUCGCCCUCUCACCCUCUUCGCUCGCCCUUUCUUCCUUUGCGCAUUCCGCAUCAGAACCGCCUUUCCGCUCUUCAGUCCACAAAAAACACAAGGAAUAUGACAAUGAGAUCGGUUGAGCGCCUAACAGAGGGGCUGGAAAAGCCAUCCCUGGAUGACCGCUCUUACCGGGUCAUCCAGCUACGCAACAAGCUGGAGGCUCUGUUGGUACACGAUCCGGAGACAGACAAAGCUGCCGCGGCCAUGGAUGUCAAUGUGGGAAGUUUUAGUGAUCCACCGGACUUGCAAGGUCUUGCCCAUGGUUUGGAACACAUGCUGUUCAUGGGAACUGAGAAGUACCCGAAAGAAAACGCAUACAACCAAUACCUUGCCUCCCACUCCGGAUCGUCCAACGCUUACACCGCUGGCACUGAAACAAACUAUUUUUUCGAAGUGUCUGCGACAGGUACCUCUGGGGAAACAUCGAGCGGCCAAUCUACCCCCAACGGAACAAAUGGCACGCCUGCAUCGUCAGAUUCCGAAUCGAGCACAACGUCGCCUCUGUAUGGCGCUCUUGAUCGCUUCGCGCAAUUUUUCGUCGCACCACUUUUCUUAGAGAAUACACUCGACCGUGAGAUGCGGGCCGUAGACUCCGAAAACAAGAAGAAUCUCCAGAGUGAUCUGUGGCGCUUGAUGCAGUUGAACAAGUCACUGUCCAACCCGGAGCAUCCCUAUAAUCAUUUCUCGACGGGAAAUCUGCAGACGCUUAAGGAGGAGCCGCAGAAGCGGGGCAUAGAUGUUCGCAAUGAGUUCAUGAAGUUCUAUGAAAAGCAUUAUUCGGCCAACAGGAUGAAGCUAGUGGUGCUGGGACGCGAGUCGCUAGACGAGAUGGAGCAGUGGGUGUCGCAAUUGUUUGCGGAUGUGAAGAAUAAGGAUCUGCCGCAGAACCGGUGGGACGACAUUCCAAUCUGGCAGUCGAAUGACAUGUGUAAACAGAUCUUUGCUAAGCCUGUGAUGGACUCGCGCUCGGUGGAUAUUUACUUCCCGUUCCUGGAUGAGGAGCAGCUGUAUGAGACGCAGCCGAGCCGAUACAUUAGCCAUCUCAUUGGGCACGAGGGUCCGGGCAGUAUUUUGGCAUAUAUCAAAGCGAAGGGCUGGGCUAAUGGAUUGUCUGCGGGCGUGAUGCCCGUCUGCCCUGGAGCCGCCUUCUUUACUGUCAGCGUGAGGUUGACGCAGGAGGGUCUGAAGCAGUACCAGGAGGUUGUGAAGGUUAUUUUUGAGUACAUUGCAAUGAUCAAGGAACGGGAGCCGGAGGAGUGGAUUUUCGAUGAAAUGAAGAAUCUGGCUGAGGUGGAAUUCCGGUUCAAGCAAAAAUCUCCUGCCAGCCGCUUCACAAGCCGUCUGAGUACUGUCAUGCAGAAGCCGUUGCCUCGCGAGUGGCUUCUCAGUGGCUCGCUCUUGAGAAAGUUUGAUGCAGAGGGGAUCAAGAAGGCCUUCUCGUACCUCCGCGCAGACAACUUCAAGAUGAUUAUUGUCGCCCAGGAUUUCCCAGGCGACUGGGACCAGAAGGAGAAAUGGUAUGGAACCGAGUACAAGGUCGAGGAUGUUCCCCGAGAUCUCAUGGCCGAGAUCCGGGCUGCGUUGGACACUAACCCGAACACUCGCCUAUCCGAGCUGCAUAUGCCUCAUAAGAACGAGUUUGUACCGACAAGGCUCUCGGUGGAGAAGAAGGAAAUCGCCGAGCCUGCAAAGACCCCGAAGCUCAUUCGUCACGACGACCAUGUCCGGCUUUGGUUCAAGAAGGAUGACCGCUUCUGGGUUCCCAAGGGCACCGUAUAUGUUACCCUGAGGAACCCGCUGGUCUGGGCCACGCCUUCUAAUCUAGUAAAGUCCAAGUUGUACUGUGAGCUUGUCAGAGAUGCUUUGGUGGAGUACUCCUACGAUGCGGAGCUUGCUGGCUUGGAUUAUCAUCUGUCUGCUAGUAUCUUUGGUCUGGACAUCUCUGUCGGUGGAUACAACGAUAAGAUGGCUGUCCUCUUGGAAAAGGUUAUUACGAGCAUGCGUGAUCUGGUUAUAAACCCCGACCGCUUCCGUAUCAUUAAGGAGCGCCUGUCCCGUGGCUACAAGAACGCCGAGUACCAGCAGCCUUACUACCAGGUUGGAGACUACACCCGGUAUCUCACGGCAGAGCGGUCUUGGCUCAACGAGCAGUACUCCAGCGAGCUGGAACAUAUCGAGGCCGAGGAUAUUCAGUGCUUCUUCCCUCAGAUUCUUCGUCAAAACCAUAUUGAAGUCUUGGCGCACGGCAACCUGUACAAGGAAGAUGCUCUUCGCAUGACUGACUCUGUUGAGUCUAUCCUGAAGAGCCGCCCUCUGCCUCAGUCCCAGUGGCAUGUGAGACGCAACAUGAUCAUUCCGCCUGGAUCUAACUACGUCUAUGAGCGCGCGCUUAAGGACCCAGCCAACGUGAACCACUGCAUCGAGUACUACCUCUUUAUUGGAGACAUCACUGACGAGGCUCUGCGCUCGAAGCUGCUUCUGUUCGCCCAGAUGACUGAUGAGCCCGCCUUUGACCAACUCCGUAGCAAGGAGCAGCUUGGGUAUGUUGUUUGGAGCGGCGCACGUUACUCUGCGACUACAAUUGGUUACCGCGUGAUUAUCCAGAGUGAGCGCACGGCGCAGUACUUGGAGUCGCGAAUCGACGCCUUCCUGACAAACUUCGGAAAGACAUUGGAAAGCAUGUCAGAGGACGAGUUCGAAGGCCACAAGCGUAGCGUCAUCAACAAGAGACUCGAGAAGCUCAAGAACUUGGGCUCUGAGACUUCCCGAUUCUGGACUCACAUUGGAUCCGAAUACUACGACUUCCAGCAGAAUGAGACUGACGCUGCUCGUGUGCGGGCCCUGACCAAGUCUGAUAUCCUUGACUUCUUCAAGCAGAUGAUCGAUCCUGCGUCUACCACCCGUGGUAAGCUCUCGAUCCAUCUGAAGGCCCAAGCUGGUGUACCAGCUGCGGAGCCCAAGGAACAGAAGGCGCGGUUAGUUUCCCUUGUGAACAAGCAUCUGGAAGGUGCUGGGUUCGCAGUGGACGGCGAGCGUCUCGGUGCCGCGUUGGAGAAAGUCACCCCUAGCGAGAACAGCCAAGUCCUAUCCAGUGUGAAAACAUUUUUAACCACAGAAAUGAGUCUACUCGAACAACAAGUCUCACCGGUCCUUGAGAAGAUCCAAGAGAGCCUCGGAUUGGCCGCGAAGCAAUUGGGUAUUGAGUCGAAGAAGGAUUCGGAAGAGACUGCUGUCGCCAACGGCACUGGAAAAACGACGGCCCACGAGGGCCCAACAUACAUCGCAAACGUCACAGAGUUCAAAGCUCGUCUGGCGGUCAGCACUGGACCUAGUCCCGUUACUGAUCUCACCGAGUUCGAAGACUUUGAUGCCAAACUUUAG